GGUGGGGUGGAGAUGAUACACGCCGCCGACGUGGCGUCCCUGGAGCUCAGGUGCGAGCCGACGCUCGGGGUUGCGGCGGACGAUGUCGCCCUGGAACUGAGGUAUCCCGGGUCGCGGCAGCAGGAGAGAUACGAGCUUGUAUGGGGAAAGGACAAGAUCGACGCCGUCAAGGAUAUCAUGAAGGCAGUCAAUUUCGUCGCUUAUACAUAUCUAAGCGACCUGGAUGCUCGACCGUUUACCGAUCCGUCCACCGGGCUGUACCGACAGCUUGAAAGAGCAUCGAGCAAGAACGUUUGGGACGGGAAGGCGUUCAAGGCCGCCGUGGGCGAAUACAACAAACGGCUCUUGGCGCUGCAGGAGGACGGCACCAUUGCCAAGACCCUCGACGGCCUCCACGACCUCCCAAAUGACCUAGUCGCCUUCAUCCUCGGACAGGUGUACGAUCGGACCGUUGCACCCAAGGUUGAGCUUCUGGCCAAGUACGAGAACGGUUCCGACAACGUCUAUGGCGAGCUCCUCGCCCCUUUCGUCUCCGACAUACUCGUUGAAAAGAUAAAGAUGACGUCUGGCCAGGUCUUUGUCGAUCUCGGCUCGGGUGUCGGCAACGUGGUCCUGCAAGCGGCGCUGGAGAUCGGCUGCGAGAGCUGGGGCUGCGAGAUGAUGCAGAACGCAUGCGACCUUGCCGAGGCACAGCACAGAGAGUUUUCUGCCCGGUGUCAGCUCUGGGGCAUUGCGCCGGGCAAGGUCCAUCUCGAGCGGGGCGAUUUCCGAACAAACGACCGCAUACACGAAGCCCUCAAACGGGCCGAUGUCGUGUUGGUUAACAACCAGGCCUUCACGUCCCAGCUCAACGAUAACCUAGUAAGCAUGUUCCUGGACCUAAAGACGGGCUGCAAGGUUGUUUCCCUCAAGAGUUUCGUACACGACCACAAGAGCGCCUCGAAUGACGUGGCCACGAGCAUUCUCCAGGUCGAGAAUCUCACAUACCCUUCGGGGUAUGUCAGCUGGACAGGUGCUGCGGGGAGGUUCUGCAUCUCGACGAGGAAAUGAUGAGUCUUUCUAUGUAUGCUGUAUGACUGUUGGAUUAGCAUCGAGCCGGAUGAGAAAUGACAGGCGGCAGAUAACCAUGUUUUGUGUAGGAGUUAGGAUCAGGCAUUGGGGGUCAGGACCCUCGCAGGCUCUUGUUGCAUACAGCAUCUGUUUUGGCCAUGCAAGGGAAGCGGGCUGGGAAUGGUCGGUUCGUCGCGCUUUUGAGGGGGGUCAUGGAAAGAUGGAGGUGUUCUAGUUUCACAUACCUCUAUAGAGCAUAAAAAUUUGAUGCCAUAGCAAAC